AAGAAUGACGUGUGAGCCAAGCCUUUCAAGAGGUUAUCCCCUUAGGUCCCCUAUAUAAUGAGCAUUAGAUCCCCAUACAAGCUCAACGGCUCAAGUCUUUGGCGAAAUUCUUUCUAUCAAUCGAUUGUGCUCGAAAAUGGGUGCAAAAGUAAUCGUUUCGCUCCUCUUCUUGUUCCUAAUUUUCGGCUCCAACGCCGAUGCAGCAAACAAGCGCAUCCGCAAUCGCCGCCCAUGCAAGCGGCUCGUGUUCUUCUUCCAUGACGUUCUCUACAAUGGGAACAACGCGAAGAACGCGACCUCGGCCAUAAUCGGCGCGCCGGCUUGGGCCAACCAGACGAUUUUGGCCGGGCAAAGCCAUUUCGGCGAUUUGGUCGUGUUUGACGACCCCAUCACGUUGGACAACAAUUUGCACUCGAAGCCCGUUGGGCGUGCCCAAGGGUUCUAUAUCUACGACAAGAAGGAUAUCUUCACAGCUUGGCUUGGCUUUUCGUUUGUGUUUAAUUCCACCCAGCACACGGGUAGCUUGAACUUCGCCGGGGCUGACCCUUUGAUGAACAAGACCAGGGACAUUUCGGUAAUUGGCGGCACCGGCGACUUCUUCAUGGCCCGUGGCGUGGCUACUCUGAUGACGGACUCGUUCGAGGGAGAAGUUUACUUCCGGCUUCGCACCGACAUUAAGUUGUAUGAAUGCUGGUAGUGGAUUCAUUAUAGCGUCAACGUUGUUAGGAUACAAGGGAAGGUAAUGUGCGCAACUGAAGUGGAAGAAAUGACAAGUACUGAGACUUUCAAAUAAAGUUCUGCAAAUCUAUUGUUCCCCCCUUCUGAUGAAGUUUUCCUUUGAUAUAUUAGUUGUCUUAUUUUAUCUUAUCCCACUUCGUGGUGGUAUGCUAGUUACAUGCGAGCUGGUCCCAAGACACUGUAUGGCUUUGGUCCGAGUUUCCGCUUUUAGGGUUUCAUCAUCACAGAUUUUGCAGCUGUGGUAGCGAGAUUAUCGCCUUAUCAAGAAGACUUCCUCGCUCUUACUGGUUC